UAAUGAUAAAGUAUAAUGAAGUUAUGUUUGGUAUUAAAUUUUUGUUUCAGAAUACUUAACGAGUACCAGAUUGAGCUACCGACAUCACAAGGGGCCAGUGGUGGAAACAACCAGUCAGCAGUAGACUCUCCAGCAGCAACCAGACGUCUGCGCGCUCUCAGCCUCGCAGGGUACUCCAAUAAGACACAGGAUAGUCGACGCAUCAGUUUCACUAAUAGUUCAAUCAAGACACCAGCCACAGCAUUUAUGGGCAGCAGAGCAUCAAGAAGACGAGCUUCCCUCAUGCCAGACUUGAAGCCCUUUCAAGAACUUGCUGCUGUUGCAGCAGCAGCAGCAGCUGCUGCUGCUGCCUCUAGUUCUUCCAGUUCUUCACCUACUUCUAAAGACAAAACAGAAGAAAGUGAAAAGCCUUCUAAUGGGGUUUGGGCCAACAGUAUCACUGAGGAAGGCAGCGAGAGCGGUGAGGAAGGUAACGAGACGUCACAAUCCACCAAUAAAAAUUCAACCUCAAACUCGUCCAUAGCUAACACAUUAGCUCAGCUGCAUCCAGAGCUUUAUGCUGCUGCUGCUGCAGCUGCAUCACUCCCACAGGACUGUAAUCGAAGAUUCAGUGAAGAGUCAAAUAUAUCAUCAGCAUCAGAGUCCACAUCAGCAGAUGCACCAAUUUCCAAUACUCCACCAAUCCCAAAUCUCGGGCCACAACACUGGCUACUUGAGGCUCUGGAGGAUGUCAUAGGUUGGGUUCGUGGUGGACAGUGGCCGUACUCUCAACAACAAACUGUUCAGGGUGCUCGUUAUGCAUUUACAUCACUGUUGCUUUUGCUGGCAGCAUUCUUCCUUCUUUUAACUAUUUCUACAGGUGAUUUGAAAGUACCAUAUCCUUAUCAUCCUGGCUGGACAACAAUUCACCAUGUGCUUCAUCCAUUUGUAAGUCUACGAUAUGUGGGUACUCCACCCACGUGACUGAAUACUGUUUUAAAUGCUCUUGGACAAACUUUUAUUCACUUUUCAAAGUAGUAGUUCUAUAUUUGGGAAUCUUAGUCCUGCAGUCAAGUUUACAAAUUAUAAUUUUUUAUUAGUAAUCACUCAAAAGGUUACAUUUAAUAAGUCAUUAUUAAAUCUUGAAUUGGAGGGCAACUUGUACAUAUCUGUAACAAACUAUAUAGCUGAUUUCUUUUAUUUAUUAUAUUUACAGAAAGAAUUAAAUUUUUUCAUGUGUAACAUCUGUUUAAACUUUUGUCUUGUACAAGUUUUCUUAAAUGUAUUAAUUCAUAGUAGUCCUAUUUUAACUUGAAUAUAGACUGCUGAUUUAUUACAAUACUUUUCCUCCUUUACACUCAGUGUUAUACUGUAUAUAUUUUUUGUACUUAUAUGUAUAAUAAAUUUGAGUUUAGAAAUUCAAUACUAUUAUAUUUCUGAUUUGACAAAAAUGUAUUUAUAUUGCAAGUUGCAGCAAUAUAGAUGCAUUGACAAACUUGCUGAAAAGUUCAUGUAAAGAUGGCCAUUAUGCAAAAGUUUAUUAUGCUAAUGUGAAAAAUUGUCAGUUCUGUUUGAAUAGUUUUAUUUCUUUACAUGCAUACUGAUUGUAGGAAGGAAUCAUAUCAAGGUGCAGAUAAUGAAAACCAAAUAUCAUCUAGUUCCCUCUUACAUCCCUGAAUUAGUUCCUCUUAUUUGUGAAAGAAAUAUUAGUGCCAUUGUUUUACUUAACAGUUUUAUUUUACUGGUCAUAAGACUUUAGCUGUACAGGAAAACCCUGCAUAUACAACACCUUUUUCAGUGUUCCACACUUUUCUUGGCUUUAAAUCAAGCCAUUGUUGCACCCACUGGUGACUAUCGCCGGUGGGUGGAACAUAAUAAACAAUGGCUCAGUUUGAAGCCAACAAUAACAUAGAACACUGAAAAGAGGUGCUGUAUGUGCGAGGAACCUCCCAUCCACAUUCAUGUGUUCAACAUUAAUGCUAUUGUUUCUAUAUAUUGUGGAGAUUCAACAGAAAAAUGUGCUGAAUUUUGAACAUUGGUGAUUUUGUUUUGGAAGGAUUUAAAACUUAUUUUUGAUGCAGUACUUUACAUACAUAUUAGAUUAUAAGCCUUUUAUUUUCUGUGAUAAAUAGAAAUAGAACUAAAGUCAUUUAAUCCAAUAAAUUAUCCAUCUGUACCAUAUUUUUAGAUACGAUAUUUGAAGAACAUUAAUUUCAUCUUAAGAUACCCGAUGAAUAUUUAUUAAUAAACAUUAGAAAAACUA